UCGGGCACUGCCGGCACCGCCCGGAGAGCGCUCGGGGAUAUCCCGGGACAGCCCCGGGACACCGGGGGGACACCAGGGCAGCGCCAUGGGGCCGCGGGGCCGCCACCUCUCCUGGCUGCCGGUCGUAGCGCUGCUGGUGCUGCCGCCGCCCGUGCGCGCCGCCGCCGCCCGGCCCAACUUCGUGCUGGUGCUGGCGGACGAUCUGGGCUUCGGGGACCUGGGCAGCUACGGGCACCCCUCGUCCGCCACGCCGCACCUGGACCGGCUGGCGGCCCGCGGGCUGCGCUUCACCGACUUCUACAGCAGCGCCGCCGUCUGCAGCCCGUCCCGGGCCGCGCUGCUGACGGGCCGGCUGCCGGUGCGCUCCGGGAUCUUCCCGGGCGUGUUCGAGCCCGGCUCCCGGGGCGGGCUGCCGCUGGCCGAGCUCACCGUGGCCGAGCUGCUGAAGGAGCGCGGCUACGCCACGGCCAUGGUGGGCAAGUGGCACCUGGGCUACGGCGAGAACGGCUCCUUCCUGCCCGGCCGCCAGGGCUUCGACCACUUCCUGGGAAUUCCCUACUCGCACGACCAGGGUCCCUGCCAGAACCUGACGUGCUUCCCCCCCGACACCAAGUGCUUUGGGACGUGUGACCAGGGCGUGGUGGCCGUGCCGCUGCUCUGGAACCAGAGCAUCGUGCAGCAGCCCGUGUCCUUCCCCGAGCUGGUGCCGCUCUACGGCCGCUUCUGCCGCGAGUUCAUCGCCCGCUGCGCCCGCCUGCGCCUGCCCUUCCUGCUCUACUACGCGUCCCACCACACGCACUACCCGCAGUUCGCCAGCCGGCAGUUCGCGGGCAGGACGCGCCGGGGACCCUUCGGGGACGCGCUGGCCGAGUUCGACGACUCGGUGGGACAGCUGCUGCAGGCGCUGCGCGACAACGGCCUGGACAACUCCACCCUGGUGUUCGUCACCUCGGACAACGGGUGAGCGGCUGGCACAGCUGGCACAGCUGGCACAGCUGGCACAGCUGGCACGGCUGGCACAGCACGCGUGUGGCAGCGCCAGGUGUCACCCCGGGUCCUGCUCUGGAGGGGACACGGGCUCAGGGUGCCGCCGUGCCGCGCAGGGGUGACGCACGAGCUGGCCAGCACGCUGGACAUCCUGCCCACGCUGGCCGCGCUGGCCGGCGCCGCCCUGCCCCGGGUGGCCCUGGACGGCUUCGACCUGAGCCCGCUGCUGCUGGGCACCGGCAAGAGCCCCCGCCGGGCCGUGUUCUUCUUCCCGCCCGCCCCCGACCCCCUGCGCGGCCCCUUCGCCGUCCGCCUGGGCAAGUACAAGGCGCACUACUUCACCCAAGGUUCCUUCCACAGCGACACGACCCCGGACCAGGCGUGCCACGGGCUGACCCCGCUGACGCCGCACCUGCCCCCGCUGCUCUUCGACCUGGAGGCGGAUCCCGCGGAGAACUACGACCUGCUGCGGGGCCAGCCGGGCCCCGAGGCGCUGCAGGCGCUCAAGGACAUCGCCGUGCAGAAGGUGCUGCUGGAGCAGCGCCUGCACUUCGGCGACAGCCAGAUGAGGAAGGGCCGGGACCCCUCGCUGCAGCCCUGCUGCUCCCCCGGCUGCAGCCCCAAGCCUUCCUGCUGCCGCUGCUCCCCGCAGUGACGCCCCGAAGCUGCCCCGGCCCCCGUAACCCAGCUCGGCCUCGGGGCUGCCCCGCGGCUCGGGGACCCCUUGGACUCGUGGGGAGAUGGGGAGGAACGGGGGCAGGGUGACCCCAAACGAGCAGGGCCCCGUGCUCCGUGUGGGAUGUUCCAGGGGAGGACUUGGACAGGAUCCUGACCCGUUCCAUGAUCCUGACCCGGUCCAGGAUCCUGACCCAUUCCAUGAUCCUGACCCGUUCCAUGAUCCUGACCCAUUCCAGGAUCCUGACCCAUUCCAUGAUCCUGACCCAUUCCAGGGUCCUGAACCAUUCCAGGAUCCUGACCCAUUCCAGGAUCCUGACCCAUUCCAGGAUCCUGACCCGUUCCAGGGUCCUGAACCAUUCCAGGCUCCUGAACCAUUCCAGGAUCCUGACCCAUUCCAUGAUCCUGACCCGUUCCAUGAUCCUUCCAGGAUCCUGACCCGUUCCAGGAUCAUUCUCCAGACACUCCAGCACCUCCCCCAGAGCCAGGACAGCUCCUGGGAGCCGCCAUCCCACUGGAGCAGAGGGGAUGUCCCAGAUCCAGGGAUCCCAGCUGGGACCGAGGGCACAGCAGGAGCUGGGAUGGGUCCCACAGCCUCAGAGGCACGAGCUGGUGACAGAGGGGACACCCGGGGUGGCACAGCAGCAGCUCAGGGUGGCACUUCCAGCAGCCCCACAGGAGCCCGGCAUGGCAGCUCCAGCUGUCCCCGUUGCUGUCCCUCUCAAGGGCUUUUCCCGGGACUGGCACAGCCGAGGCUCUGCUGGGGAGCCUGGGCUGGAGAAGUUUCUCCCUCUCCCCACCUCAGGCCCAUCCUCCCCUCCCCGGCUCCCCCUCAUCUCCCCCACACCAGGCGCACCCCCACCCUUUUCCCCCCAAUUAUCCUAUCCCUGUUUUUCCCAGGAGGCUGAACUGGGCUGAAAAUGUGGAUAAUGGGUGUGUGAUUUUGGCCAGGGGAAUGAUUUUUUGCAGUAGCUGGGAGUGGGGCAUGUCCGGGACCCCAGGGCAGUGGCACUGGCAGUGUGUCCCCUCUCACUUCCAUGGACAAGGGCAUCACUUCCAGGAUAAAACGUGGUCAGGUGUCGUCACAGGAUUUCCGUGUAAAUCACUGCUUUGUCUUACACCUUUUCUAAUUAAUAUUGCUGCAAAUAAUUUUUUGAUUCCUUAUCUCAUGGCUGUUUGCAGUAAAUCGUUUUUAACCCCU